CACCACAAUGCAUUCUCCAUUCACUUUCUUCCAAGCACCCCCGCACCUGAAUCGGGAACGAUUUUCGUCUUGAACGUGUGGCGUCGUCGUGAAAUCCGUACGCGUGCCACCAUGGAAUCGACCACGACCACGCUCACGGGGAUGCCGACGACCCCUCCGUUUAAAAGCACCAACAGCAUCAACAAUGCGGCCGACAUCGCCGUGAUCGUCUGCUACUUUGUGUUUGUUCUUGGUGUCGGCCUGUGGGCCAUGUACAAAAGUAACCGGAGCACUGUGGGAGGAUUUUUCCUCGCUGGUCGCAGCAUGGUGUGGUGGCCUAUCGGUGCCUCCCUGUUUGCCAGCAAUAUUGGCAGCGGGCACUUCGUGGGCCUGGCUGGGUCAGGAGCCGCGGCCGGGAUUGCUCAAGGGGGCUUCGAAUGGAAUGCUCUGUUUAUUGUGGUGCUGCUGGGAUGGCUGUUUGUGCCAAUCUACAUCACGGCAGGGGUCGUCACGAUGCCAGAAUACUUAAAGAAGCGCUUUGGGGGAAGCAGGAUACAAUACUACUUGUCUGGCCUGUCUCUCAUUCUCUAUGUACUCACCAAAAUAUCGGCUGACAUGUUUUCCGGAGGAAUAUUUAUCCGUCAAGCGAUCGGCUUGAAUAUCUACUUGGCUGUCAUCUGCCUCCUUAUAAUAACCGGCCUCUACACUGUGACUGGUGGCCUCACCGCGGUGAUUUACACCGACACCGUGCAGACUGUCAUCAUGUUGGUGGGCUCCAUGAUCCUCAUGGUCUUCGCGUUCAACGCUGUGGGGGGCUACGAUGCAAUGUACGAUAAAUACAUGCUGGCCAUCCCGACGCCGCCACCGCCGGAGAUGAACAUCAGCGAGGAGUGCUACACACCUCGUCCGGAUUCUCUGAACCUACUGAGGGACCCCAUCACGGGCGAUCUGCCAUGGCCCGGCCUCCUAUUUGGCCUAACCAUCAUCGCGACUUGGUACUGGUGCACCGAUCAGGUGAUUGUACAGCGCUGCCUCUCUGCCAAGGACAUGUCCCACGUUAAGGGUGGCUGCAUCAUGUGUGGUUACCUCAAGCUGAUGCCCAUGUACCUCAUGGUGAUGCCGGGCAUGAUCAGCCGCAUUUUGUACACAGAUGUUGUGGCAUGUGUGGAGCCUGAGAAAUGUAAGGAGUACUGCGACACGGACGUGGGCUGUACCAACAUUGCCUACCCACUCCUUGUCAUCAACCUCAUGCCAAACGGCUUACGAGGCUUGAUGCUGUCCGUAAUGUUGGCCUCCCUCAUGAGCUCCCUCACCUCCAUCUUCAACAGCGCCAGCACACUUUUCACCCUGGACAUCUACAACAAAAUCCGCACAAGUGCCACCGAGCGUGAACUCAUGCUUGCUGGCAGGGUGUUCAUUCUGGUGCUCAUUGGGAUCAGCAUCGCCUGGAUUCCCAUCAUUGAGGGUGCUCAGAGUGGACAACUCUUUGACUACAUUCAGUCCAUCACCAGCUACCUGGGGCCCCCCAUCGCAGCCGUCUUCCUGCUUGCCAUCUUUGUCAAGCGUGUCAAUGAGGAGGGAGCCUUCUGGGGCCUCAUUCUGGGCUUUCUAAUUGGCAUGUCCCGCUUGAUUACUGAGUUUGCUUAUGGCACAGGAUCUUGCAAAAAUAAAACCAACUGCCCCACUAUCAUCUGUGGCGUGCAUUACCUCUACUUUGCAAUUAUCCUCUUUACCAUCACCUGCGUUCUCGUUGUGGUCAUCUCACUUUUCACAAAACCCAUUGACGAUAAACACCUUCAUAGGUUGGUGUGGAGUCUCCGCCACAGCAAGGAGAAGCGUGAAGAUUUGGAUGCAGAAGAAAAGGAAAUAAAUGCACAGAAGAUGAAGGAGAAACUGGAGGCGAAGAAAGCAAAGGAAAUUGAAGAAAACAAAACACCACCAGGAGGUUGUGUUGGCUGCCUGAGAAAGGCGGGCAUGUGGUUCUGUGGCUUAAGCUCUGGCCCCCAGGAAGAGUUCACCAAGGAGCAAAUGGAGGCCCAAGAAAAACUGCUCACAGAUAUCUCUGAAAAACCUCUAUGGAGAAACUUUAACAAUGUCAAUGCAAUCAUAAUCAUGACAGUUGCUGUGUUCUUCUGGGGGUUCUAUGCAUAAUUAUUUCAUGAACGAGUUUCGAAUUGCAGUGAUUGCAAAACAAUCACAUGUGGAUAAAAACAAGAGUGAAACAUGAUUUCUGCAGUAUGCAUUUUGUUCACUUGACUUCUUUUUAAAAUUUGUUUUCUAAUUGUGCUAUCGGUGUCAUGGCAUGAGAUGAAAAAUCCAUAAGAAACUCUCAAGAGAGCAGUGCAUAUGUUAAAGAACAGCCUAAGGAAGUACAUAGGACAAAACUACCUCCGAGAUUACUUCAAAUAACCUUUUUUCAUCCACAUUAGGGGGGGGGGGGGAAAUAUUCCUAGACAAGUCCUCCGUGUGGCAGUCGAUCUGAUAUUUUUAAUAACCAGAACUGCCAUUUAUUUAAAUUACGUAACAACAUUUUUUUUACGUGACUGGAUUUUUGUGCAGUCAUUGCUGACCAGAGACCAUCCACUAAGGCAUACUUGAGAACCUGGUAUUAUGAUGAAUCAAACUCAGGAUUGCAGUGAUGCCAGUGCAGUGCUCGCGCCACCUCUUGCGUUGUGCAAUUGAUUUAAAAUGUGCAGCUUGUUCCUGAGUCUGCAUCAUAUGAAAUAACUGUCAAUGCAUGUUAGUACAUGUGUGAAAAAUUGUGAAAAACAUAAAUACAAUCUCUAAAGGAGCACAAUAAUAUUAAGAUUGGUAGAAACAAAAUGGAUGUUUUCUACUAUUUAUGUAUAUUUACAAUAAUUGAUCAGUGAUAGCCUGUAUUUCCCCCUUUCAAUGAAACAGAUUGUCUAUCCAAAUUAUUUUACAAUUCAUUUGAAAUAACGAAUUUAAGAUUUUCAAACAUUUUGUAGAUAUAUGACAUCAGAUGCAUCAUGUUUCAACUGCACUGGAUAUGUAUAGGUAAUGUAAUUGUACUUGAAUAUGGUAUAGUAAACUUGUGCCCGCCAUAGAAAUGUGUAAUUUGUACCACUGUUUCAGGGCUGUAAACGGGAGAUGAGCACAACAUCAGCGCCCAUUUGAGCAGGAUAUAAAAACACCAAAAUAUAGAAUCUGAAGACAUGUAUAGACAAUAUUAGAUUGUAACUUGUGUAUUGUACAUUCCAAUCGAUAAGAAAAGUCAUGGAUUUUUUUUUGUUUAACACGUAGACUUUCGCGACCAAUGUUAUUCAUAAUCAACGUUUUUGGGUUUAGAUCGCGUUAUUAUUUUUAUGCAAUUCUGACCAUAAGUCACGCUGGUGAAGACAAGAAGCAUGGGGGCAUAAAAAUCAGGCUCGAUACCACAAUAAAUUGUACUCUACUGUCCUCUACUGCCCAGCAUAUAGCCCCGCAGCCAGUAACAACCUGGUGAACAUGCUGAUGACCCAUCCCUAUCGCUAUCCAGGCCCAUUCACCUGCUUAGCUUCCAAGAUCUGACAAAAUUGGGUACGUUCUGAGUGAUUUGGUCAUGAGAAAUCUAUCUUAAUUGUACGCCUUUAUAAUAUAAUUCUUAAUUAUCUUUCCACAUUAUAGCCUUGUUAAAAAAAGUAAUUGAAUUAGCUGCCAAUUUUCUAUGUUCAAAAUCCCGCACUAUAUUACACAUUAGGUACUGUUUGCAUUAUGCAUAUAUUUUAAUUAUUUUUAAUUGAAAAAAUAGAUCUGGUAAUGCAAUACUGUUUUUAUUGGGAAAUGUUACCAUAAUAAAUGUACUUUAAUUAGUUU